CAACAGUCCAAGUAACAGCAUCAGAUCUUCAGAUUUUCUACACAGAAAUCAACUGCAGAAGCUUCAGCAAUCAUGAACGCCUUCCUGAUCUUAACCGUUAUUGGAGCCAGCAUCGUUCUGUCCGAUGGCGUGCAACCUCUCGGUGCGGGUUACAACAGCCGCUGCGUGUGUCUGAAACUGGAGUCACGUAUCAUCCCUCAGGAGAACCUGCGACGCGUGGUGAUCCUGCCAAGAGGCCCGCACUGCAAGACUACUGAGGUGGUUGCUGGCUUGUCAAGUGGAGAGAGUAUCUGUUUGAAUCCCAGGACACCAUGGGUUAAAAAACUCAUUCUCUUCAUUGAGAAAAAGGAGCGAGUGGCCAAAACAGAGUAGAGAAUGUUUAUGUUGUAACUAAUAUUUCUUUGAUUCUCACUACUCACAGGAUUCUCUAGAAGAGAUUUAGCCCUUGUUUAUACUAGUUUUACGGUCACUGACAUCUUUUGUUUGUUUUUGAGUUUUGAUUAAAACAUUUGUCCUAUUUCAAGAUAAACUAAAAUGUAUCUGCUACACUACACAUACCUUCUUGUACACUGAAUGAUUCAUUGUCUUCAUUUUAUACUAUCAUAGUCUUUCAUGUUGCUGUAAUUGCAGUUUAAUGAAAAAACGUGGAAUGUAUGGAAGAUGUUUUGAAAUAAAUUUGUUUUUUUGUAAAAAUCAA